UCUCACACGAGCAAAAAAAACAAAGAGAAAGAGCUACAGACAUGGGCAUCGGACAUGUUCUGGUCCUACCAUGUCCAGGAGAAAGCUCUGUGAACAGCCUAAUGCGUUUCUCUCGAGAAAUGGCAAAACAUGGCCUCAAAAUCACAUUUGUAAACACGGAGAUCAUUCAUAAGCGGAUAGUGAGUGCAAUGCCUGAGGAGGACAUGCGCAGCCUCAUGGAUUCAAACAUUAAUCUCGUGUCUAUCCCAGAUGGCUUGGAAAGAAGCGAUGUUGAAAGAAAAAAUAUAGGCAAGGUAACGGAAGUCAUGGCACAGAUCAUGCCAGCACGGGUUGAGAAGCUCAUAAAAGCUAUCAAUGCAUCAAAUGGUGAUGAAAACAUUACAUGUAUUGUAGCCGAUGGGGUGUUGGGUUGGGCCAUGAAACUCGCCAAUAAGAUGGGAAUCAGAGGAGUUGUGUAUUGGUGUGCGGCAGCUGCUGCUUUUGCCUUGCAAAUGAGCGUACCAAACCUGAUUCAUGAUGGGAUUCUAGACGCUGAUGGAUUCUCAACCAAAAAAGUAGAGCAUAUUCAACUGUCGCCGGGCAUUCCUGCAAUCGAAACGACAAAUCUUCCAUGGGCCGCGAUGCCCAUGGCUGAUCCAAGCAAACAAAAGAUUUUAUUUCAUUUUAUGACACGAAACAUGGAACCUUGCAAACUAGCAGAUUGGUGGCUUUGUAACACAGCUUAUGAGCUUGAGCCUGCAUCAGUUGCUUUGUUUCCAAAGCUCCUGCCCAUUGGUCCCCUGCUAGAAAACAACCAAACUGGACAAUUUCGGCAAGAAGACUCAUCUUGCCUCAGCUGGCUCGAUCAACAAGCACCUUGCUCAGUCAUAUAUAUUUCCUUCGGUAGCUUUGGAACUUUGGACCCUGUCCAAUUCCAAGAACUAGCUCUUGGACUUAAGCUCAUCAAUAGGCCUUUCCUUUGGGCGGUGGAUCAAAGAAACAUCGAUAGGGCGAAAAAUGAAUUUCCAGAUGAAUCUGAAGAAGCUUGUACCAAGAUUGUCGACUGGGCACCUCAAACAAAGGUCUUAGCUCACCCUGCCGUUGCUUGUUUUAUUAGCCACUGCGGCUGGAGUUCUGUCAUAGAAGGUAUAAGCAAUGGCGUCCCUUUUCUAUGCUGGCCUCUGUUCUUUGACCAUUUCCACGACAAGAGCUAUAUCUGUGAUGAGUGGAAGGUUGAGCUGGGUUUUGACCGGGCUGAAAAUGGAGUCAUAUUGCGGGGCGAAGUGGCGAGGAAGGUGGAGCAACUGCUUAGUAAUGAAUCUAUAAGAGCAAGAGCGCUGAAGCUUAAAGAAACCAUAUUGAAAACCAGGGCACAAGGUGGUCAGUCUUGGAAGAAUUUCAACAACUUCGUCAAAUGGCUCAAGCAAUAGAGUUGCUCUUGCUGCUAGUAAUUUACAAGUUAAAUUUUCCUCACCCGUGUGUAAUAAUAGAGGAAAUAAAUAAACCUUGAAUAUGAUCUACUCCUCUCUCUUUUUUUCUUUUUUUUCUUUUUUUCUUUUUUUUUUAAUGAAUAAAUUUUGUAAUAAUUCUAAAUGUAAUAUUCAUGUUUCCUUACGUCCCUUUAAAA